CUGGCUUGGUCUCCGGCGUCACCCGCUGCUGCAACCCAACAGUGGACUUUCAUCGGUGAACACGACCUUGAGGUGGACUCAUAUCAAGGGGAACUGGAGCUGAAAAUCUCCGCCCAGCUGAAGGAACGCACCACAAGCACAAACGGCGAUGGUUUUGGUCACGCCGGAAGUCCAAUCGGAGGAACCGCCGGCAGGGUAUGGACCAUGGAUGCAGGUGGUGAGGAAAUCACGCCACCAACGAAGGAAGGUUCCCACCAAUCAAGGGUCGUCCCAGGGAAUCUCAACGAGCAAGAGUGGUGGAUUGGGAAAGUCACAGACAAAAUCCGGCCAAAAUCAAAAAAUGAACAAGGUAACUCGGCGGAUUCGCAGGGAAAAAAGGGGAAAGAAGUUCUAAAGGGGGAUCCUAAGAAAGGAAAGCACCAACCUAAUAAAGGGAAAGGAGCAACAGAAAACGAGAAUAUGGGGAAGGAUGGUAGACAAAUGGGCUCGACUCAGGUGUGGCGCUCCGUUGGGCCCAAACAAAAAGAAGUCAACCAAGCCUAUGUUUCCAUGGUUACGGAUAAGAUGGGGGCCCAUACUGAGAAGGAUCCUAGCACAUCCGACCCGACCCAUGGGAAAAAUAUGAUCAUAGAGAACCCUCCAAUUUUCAAUGGAGUUCCCUCUUCCACUAGUGUGGCGGAGGAGACCAAAGCCAAGGAGUCAAUCCGGAAACACUACAAGAAGCGCUCCCUGAACACUAGCUCAUCUCUGACGAGUAGCAAGCAGAUCUUUCCCCACAUACUGAAAACGAAUCAUGGAUUAAAUCCAACGCCAACCAAGGUGAAAAGGGUGCAGCAAAAGCGGAAAAUCCCAAUCCAACGGAAAGUGGUCGAGGACUUCCUCGCCCAACUGCAUCUUGAUCCUUUGACGGGCGAUGGGAAAUCAGAAGAAAGGGAGGUCUAUGAGUGCAUGGUUGAGAAUACGGAAAGUGCAACCACCACUACAGAUGAGGCUCUAGCACCUGAUGCACCUGAUCGAGAUGCAAAUCUGCCUCCCGAGGAGGUGAGUUAA